CAGUCUGUUCUGACUAGCGGCACAGAGCGUACGUGUUGCGUGUUUGCGUCGCGCGAUUCGUUUUGGAGAUUUUUUCUUGGAGUUUUAUUUUCAAGGAGGAAGGACCUUUCCGAAGGGGGCUUCAAGGAGAAGCAAUUUUGUGGCGUUUUAAUUGUGCGUGUACACUUUUUGGAAGCUGGGUUUUCUGUUUUUUUUUUUGUUUUUCGUACAAGUGAUGAGUGAAGAAUUUUUUUAAUGAGGGAAGAGAAAAAAACCAACGGUUAGUGAGUGUGGUUUUCUGUGUGUGUCUCUGGAAGAGGUAUGACGGAAAAAUGUUUCAGUGAUGCUUGAUGCUUGAUAACGAUAAUGGUGACAAAAGAGAAUAACAAUAAAAUUUAUUUUCAACGAGAUAAAGGUCGGGUGGAAAUGCGCGGUUGCUGGCACGCAUAAGCGUUGAAAGUAUUUUUGUUUAAAUAAAUGAGGAAAAGAUUGUGAGUGUGGUGUAGCGGUUGCGAAAGUCGAAGUUCCCGAAGGAAUUUGGCCGUUUGCUGGCAAUAGUGAGUGUGGGUUUGUAGGAAGAUAAGUUGCCCGGAUGGAUGCUCGUAAUUAGUGGAAGUCGGCGAAACUGCAUCGGUGAUAAAUGUACUAAUUGCCGCAAUCAAUCUUUGAUUAAGUGGCGAUAGGCCUUUUUGCUGUGAGGGGCGAAACGUCCAAAUAAAACGGGUUUGUCGCUUCGCUUCGCGCAAGUCUCCCUCGAGUGGGAACCCGCUCAUUAGAUGCAAUCUGGCUGACAUUUCGUGCGGUGCGCGCAUUCAUGCGUUGGAGAAGAACCUCCGCAGAAGAAUUCACCGUAAUUGACAACAAUCACAAUAGAGUGUGCCCAACGAGAAGGAGGCCCAGAGAAGCCAGAAAAGGCAAAGUGACUUGAACGCGCAGUAACGAACCCAGCGUGCGGUCUCGAUUGGUGUGAACUUAUUGUAACCAAAUACCGCAGAACCCUGAAGACCUGAACCUCUGCACAAGUCGUAGCACCUGGUCUCGUGCGAAGAAGUGUUCCGAUUGUGUGCCUAUUGUGAACCCAACGGAUCUCUCUCAGCGAAAUCUUGCCACGGACAAUCUUCCCAAGUGUUUGGCACAGCAAGUGGUACCUCGUCGUAAUUCAGCACGUAGCAUCCCAUAGCUGAGCUGGGUCUCAAGCAGAGGUUUAAGCCCAGAAGAACCUGCCAACCUGUCGGAAAACCCAAAACUAAGACAAAGUUGGCCCGUGAUUACGUAAGCGACGAACCCCUCGUACAGGUUGGCCGAGAAGAAGAUCACAAACAAUUCCGUUUGCCGAGAGACUUCGAACCUUUGAGGCUAAAAAGUUUCCAGUGCCCCUUUUUUUCGGUGUGUGCCUGAUUUUUUGUUUGUUUGUUUGUGCCCAGCCCUGUGUUCGUGUCUGUGUGAACCCCUCUCGCGCGUAGAAUCGAAUCCCAAAGCGCAAGGAAGAAACGGCGCACGAAAACAUCCAGCGCGACGACGUGAAGUGACCAUCCAGCUUCGGACCCUCAAGACGAGGAGUAGUGGCGAGGCAGAGAGCCACGAAGGAAUUCGGUUGUAACGCAGCGGGAAACCUGAUUUUUUCGCCGAAGCCCACCGCAUCAAGUGAGAGGAAGAGAGAGAAGGACAGAGUGCCUGGCAGAGUGAAAAAGACGGAGAGAGAGAGCACAGGAGUGGUAUCACUAUAAUACACAGAGAUUUUGGCAUUAAAGGAUAAAGAUUUGCCCGAAAUUGCUGCCCAUGCCAACAACCCAGCCAAAGACGACAACAUUAUAUAGGUGAAAGCUCCCGGCCCCAAUCAAGAUUGUGGACCCACCGUCAACCAAAGCACUCCUCCAAAAAGCACCUUCUCCAAGCACCAUGCCAAUGCCAAUUCUGGCCAAGACCCAACAGCAGGGACGACGACAGCGGUGAUGAUGCUGGUGGAAAAACCGUUACCCAAAAAUGGCUCCGUCAUGAGUCACGCCAGCAAUGUGACCUCCUCCACGGGUACCAAUUCGAGCAGUGGGAGCAGUUCCGGCCAUCACCCGGUGGGGUCCUCGUCCGGCGGAAGCAACCACUGGUCGCUGGGAGGUGGCGGAGGUGGUGGCGGAAGCAGCAGCGGAACCGGAACCACAAUCAGUACCGGAAGUAGUGGGAGUGGCGGAGGUUCGGCGACGAUAAGCAGCACAAACAGCAGUUCAACGGGUGGAACGUCCGCCGGUCGGCACAGCUGGGACCCGGGCAGGAUCGGCGUUGAGCAUCUGGCCGGAGCGCUCAGCCCGCUGUGCAUAACCGACGCCAGCCACGAGAUUGUGCGGCCCAAACCGCGACGACCUUCCGGCGCAAACGGUCACGUCAACUCACCGUCCAACGGUGGCACCACCACAACCAGCUCCGGUGUCAACAGCUCCAGUGGCAACCUCCAAAAUGGUGGCUCCAACGGACUAUCCCCGGGCAAUCACUACAUUGCCUCCUCGAACCCCGUCUCGUCCGGUCCCCGCAUUCAAAGUCCCGCCGUAGCAACGCCAGCGCCGCGAAUCUCCAAGGAGGUCGCCGUUCGGCCAGGAAUCAACAACGGUGGACAACAGCAAGAUCCGCGCAACUACAGUUUGUCGCCGGUGCAGAGUCUGCAGCAGAGCGGGGACACGACCGUGUCCAGUACGACCAGCACCAAUCACCACCAGCAGCUGUCGUACAACACGUCGGCGAUGAUCCCCGAGCGGGACGUGGGACCGAACAAGUUUGCCAACGGUAACUUGAAGCAGCUGCAGCAUUCCGCUAAUCAGCACGGACCUCAGCAUCAAUCGGGUGGACCUCAACCAGGGCACCCACAAGGUCCCCAUCGGGCCGUAUCCGGAGUAGCGAAACAAACCGUACAGAGCUCGCCGGUCAAGUCGCAACCGGCCAUGAUCAGCUCUGGACUGGACAAAACCAACCUCAACAACAGUGCCAACGCGAACAACGCCAAGCAGCGACUCAACGCUACCAACGGUGUGCUGAACUCGUCGACAUCGUCCACCGAACCGCUGAACAGUAGCAGCAACAGUUCGAGCAACGCCAGCAGCGUUAGCCAUCUGAAGCAACACUUUACCCAAAAUCACCAUGCCAUGCAGUCGUACCAUCACCAGCAGUCCACCCAGCAAAACUCGCUAGGAGGCCCUCCCCAAAAGGGUCUGGGUAUUACGCGAACCCAUCACCACACGGGAACGCACGACUUCCGGGGGCUUCAGCGUGUCAACGAGUGUCACAGCUCGUCCGACGAGAACCGAUCAUCGGGUCACGCUUCCAUGUCCGACACGGGUCACGGAAGCAGCUCUCCCGGAGGUAAUCGAGCGAAUGGACCGCUGGGUCCACUACCGGAAGAUCGUCUGGCGGCCGGAGUGACCAACCGAAGUGCUCGUUCACGAGCCAGCACAAACCACUCGCGGUCUCGUCAUCGGGCAACGCCGGCGAAGAUUCCGUGGGGAGGGGGCGGGCUUGAAGACAUCAAGCUAGCAAUCCAGCAGCUGACGAUGCGGUCGCACACCAGUACCUCAACGUACAGUAGUUUAAGUGCUGGUUCGGAGAGUUCCGAACCGGAGCGUCGCUUGGGGCGGUACAGUUCGCUGGAAACGGUCAACACUAACGUCACCAGCGCCGAUGAGUUUGUUUGGGUGGACUCACAUAACCGGCUGGUGGAGUUACAGCAUCCACCGUGGAGUCAGCAUUGCGUGUUAAGAGUUCUACGGUCAGGUCGAUGCCGGGAACACUCGGAGCGGGUUUCGGUCGAGGCCGUUCCCAGGCUGGGUUACCUUCUGCAACGAGCGUUAGUACGCGUUGCACGGGAAGUUCAACGGCUGUCGGGUAGCUUAGGGUUGUGUUCGAAGCACGAGGUUUCCGGGGCGUUCAAGGUCGUUUUAUCGCCAGCGUUGGCCGAUUCCUGCAUCAAAGCUUGUCUCCGAGCGGCCGCCAUGUUUGCGGUUCCCGGUGAUAGCGCGCUGAAGCAAAGCAAGUCGGCGAGGGCUGGAUUGCAGUUGCCUGUGGGGAGAUUCCACCGUUGGAUGGCUGACGCAAGGUUGGGUAGAUUCGUCCAUGAGUACGCCGCGGUUUAUUUGUGUGCUGGGUUGGAAAAUCUGCUGGAGGAAAUUUUCCUGCAGUGUUUACCAACGGAUCCUACGGCUACGCUGACGUCCAGUGGCUUGGAACAUGCAAUCGCUGGAUCGGGUGAUCUGUGGGGACUGUUGCAACCGUACGCACACCUGAAUGCAGGUCGAGUCGCGUCCGGAGCACUCACCAUGCCACGUUGGGCUAGUCAAUCGUCGAUAAACUCAAACUCCCAAAGUCCUGCCCUGGAGCCGUGUCUGCUGACAACCUGUGUGGGAAGUCUGCACGAGCUAAAAGACCUCGUUAGUCGCGCGCAGCAGCGAAGUGGGCACAUUACAAUGUCCCAAGCGGCCCUCCGGGUGUUGUUCUACUUUAUGCGUUGCUCACAGCUGGAGCACAACGACAUCGGAGUCGCUACCAACGGUGGCGGUACCAACAUCCAGGAGCUAUGUUACGAACGGGCUUACGUUGUGCUACCCCCACUGAUCGAGUGGCUGCGGGUUUCGUCGGCUCAUGCAGAGUACCGGCACGCCCUGCUAAUCGACAAGGACGACAUCAUGCAGGCAGCCCGUCUGCUACUACCCGGCGUUGACUGUCCUCCGCGGAUGAUCAUGUCGGAAGAAGAGUUACCCUCGAAGAGACUUACCCUGUCCAGCCAAAGCAUAGCUUCGUCGAACCACUCCGGUCAGACUCAACCGCUGCACGGUUCGCUGUCAUCCAACUCGUCCACGUCAACCACCAGCAGCAGUAUUGAGGACUCCAGCGAGUGUGGACGACGAGCGACGUACGCGCUAGCAUUCCGUUUGAUGCUUACAGGUCGUGCCGAACUCCUGAUCCAGGCCCUGUCCCUGAUCCCACCAACGACCCGCUACGACACCCUGAACCACCAGGGUCUAACGGCACUGAUGAUCGCCUCGGUUCGUAACGACGAGGCGGCCAUCCAGACGCUGCUGGAUGCCGGCGCCGAUCCUAACAUCGAAGUCCCCUCCGUAACGCAUCCCAACUGUCCGGCGAUUCACCCCGAAACACAACACUGGACGGCGGUCACGUUCGCGGCCUGCAAGGGCAACUACCAGGCACUGCGGAUAUUGCUGGAACGGGGUGCUCACGUUGAGGGUGGCGCCCGGUUGAGCGAGGACAAGUGUACGCUAACGCCACUGCAGGUUGCCAGUGGAGGAGGGGUCGUCGAAGUCGUGUCGCUGCUACUAGCUCACGGCGCGCAUGCGUUCCUGUCUACGCAGCUGAAGGAUUCGCUGUGCUUCUCGGGAAGUGCGCAGCGAGGUUGCUACAGUGCAAUCUCCGUGGCAGCCGCCCACGGUCAACGGGUAUCACUGCGAAAGCUACUGUCCCACCCACUUGCCCCAGGCAGUCGGGAAGUGCUCUCGCUGGAGGAAAUGCUCGCCGAAGGGGACAGCACUAGCCGCAGCCAGCUGGAACGAAGCCAAUCGGAAGCUCCACCGACGUUGAACAAAACGCAGAUCAAAAGUCUUCAAGAGGCCAUGUACCAUAGCGCAGAGAAUAACCAUCUAGGUAAUGCCUACGAUACCCACGAUCAACUCAAUGCAAAUCGAUCAACAGCCGUUUCGUUCGAAUGUCUAGAUAUAACCAUUGAGCUACGCGCGUUGGGAGUUCCGUGGACACUGCACUGUUGGAUGCACGCCCUGGCCGCGGCCCACGAGCUGCGGCUGGACGCCGUCAUCGACCAGCUGCUGCAGGACUUUUUGCAGGUCUGUCCGGACGACUACAGCCAGCAGUUUGUGACCGAGUGUCUGCCAUUGCUGUUUAACAUUUUCCGCUACAGCAAGAAGGAAGGCACCACGCUGUUGCUGGCAGACAUCUUCAGCACGUGCUUCGGCUGGGAACCGAUCAAGCAGAUCAAGGAACCGGUGCUGCAACCGUCCAACGGGUCCCGCAUCGACCCCAAGUUUGUCAACAAUCCCGAGCUGAGCGAUGUGACGUUCAGAGUCGAAAAUCGCAUCUUCUACGGGCACAAGAUCGUGCUGGUGACCGCAUCGCCCCGUUUACAGAGUAUGCUUAGCUCCAAGCUUAACGAGGGCACGGGCACGCCAACCGUUCAAAUCAAUGACAUCCGCUACCAUAUAUUCGAGUUGGUGAUGCAAUUCUUGUAUAGUGGAGGCUGCAACUCGCUGGACGUGGCCACCGGCGACGUCCUCGAGCUGAUGGCCGCAGCCAGCUUCUUCCAGCUGGAAGGGCUCCUCCGGUACACCGAAGCCCGGUGCGCCGAAAUGAUCGACAUCGACAACGUUGUGGCCAUGUACAUCCACGCAAAGGUCUACAACGCCCAAAAGCUGAUGGAGUACUGCCAGGGUUUCCUGCUGCAAAACAUGGUCGCCCUGCUAACGUACGACGAUUCCGUCAAGCGGCUGCUGUUUGCGAAGAAGAUUCCCAACCACGACGUCCUGAACGGACUGCUUGCGACGCUGCAGGCACGGAUCAAAGCACGCCGGAAUGCAUCCCAAGCCAGCGGUGGAGGCGGCGGGGGCGCCGCCAAUCCUAUGAGACCGGCGUCGAGCAACAAGGCGAAAUGAAACGCAUAGUUGACUAUUUUUUGUAUUUUAUUUUAAAUUGUAUUUUUAUUAUUUUUAAACUCCGUUUUUAAUCCUGUACCGCUCAAUGAAAUAUCGUUGUACAUGCACGACUUUUAGUUGCUUAGCCAUACAGUAGUACGCUCUGGUAAAUAUUUAUAUCGCAAAAAUAAAAUAAAAACAACUUAUGUACAUUUUUGUUAUAAAAUAACACACAUUACUUUUGCUUGUAAAUGAUUGAAGCGGGAGGCAUACAAAGGCGAGCCAACAACGAACGUUGCUGUAUUAUGAAGGCUUAUUUUGAGAAUAUUUUACAAACUACGGAACAGUUUUAUCUUUGGAAUCUAUCGUAACACCCUAAAAUAUACGCUAUUAUUCACACA